UCUCCACAGCAGUUCUCCACAGAAGCUCCACAGACCCACUCUGAAGAUGAGUCCCUCUGUCAGCCUGCUGCUGCUGCUCCUGCUCGGCCUCUCUCAGGCUCAUCCUGCCAUAGAAGAAAGAGAAGACGACGGCCAAAUAAAGGAAGAUGAUGCUGUGGAUAUCACCACCAGGAUUCUGACUACAAAUAAUGGCACCAGUGAGAUCCUGCUGGAAGGAGACGUGCUGGUUCCAAAAACCAGAAACGCCAUGAAAUGCUUGUACCAGAAAUGCCUGUGGAAGAAAGGUGCCGACGGCAUGGUGACGAUUCCUUUCACCAUCAGCAGCGAGUACAACAGCAGAGAAAGCCAGCUGAUCAGAAAUGCCUUGCAGUCCUUCCACAGCCAGACUUGUGUCCGCUUCGUCGACCGUCGGAACGAGAACGACUACAUCAGCAUCGAGAACCAAGCUGGAUGCUUCUCCGCUCUGGGCAGAGAGGGAGGCAAACAGGUCCUGUCUCUCAACAGGCAGGGCUGCAUCUACUUCGGCAUCGCCCAGCACGAGGCCAACCACGCUCUAGGCUUCAUGCACGAACAGACCCGGAGCGACCGAGACAACUACGUCAGGAUCAACUGGGAGAACAUCCAACCGCAGAUGGCCUACAAUUUCUACAAGGGGGACACCAACAACCUCGACACUCCCUACGACUACUCCUCCAUCAUGCACUACGGAAAAACGGCCUUCUCCAUCGAUAAUGUAAAGGAAACCAUCACCCCCAUCCCCAACCCCAACGUCCAGAUUGGCCAGAGGCAGGGCAUGUCGUUCUGGGACAUCAAGAGGAUCAACCUGCUCUACAACUGCUAA